CGCAGUAGCGGAGGGGCGGUGUGAUGGUGGUGGGCCCGGCGCGGGGAGGCUCCACCUGCUGGGCACGGCGCGGUGGCCGCUAUUCGCCGGCGGGAGACCACGAUGGCCCCCGUGAGCUUUAGGAGCCCUCUGCUGUUCUGCCUGGUGGCCGCAUGGCUCGGCCCUGUCCCGGCCGAGGAGCCCGCGGCGGAGAGUCUGUCCUCACACGGCCGCCUCGAUAAGAACUUGGUGCAGGAUAAAGACCACAUCAUGGAACAUUUAGAAGGAGUUAUUGAAAAACCAGAGUCUGAGAUGUCUCCACAAGAGCUGCAGCUGCAUUACUUCAAAAUGCAUGAUUACGAUGGCAAUAAUUUGCUAGAUGGGUUAGAGCUUGCUACUGCUAUAUCACAUGUCCACAAAGAGGAAGGUGGUGAGAAUACCCAGGCAAUGAAAGAAGAGGAGCUAAUUAGUCUAAUAGAUGACGUCUUAAGAGAUGAUGAUAAGAACAAUGAUGGAUACAUUGACUAUGCAGAAUUUGCAAAAUCACUGGAAUAAGGUUUUGAAGGGGGCUUGUUUCUCCAUCUAACAGAAUGGGAAUGUGACCCAGUAUAAUGUGAUUUAUUAAUCAUGUCAACCUUUGUGCUGAGGUAUUUGUGAGCUGAAGUGUCCAGUUGAAUUUGUUUGCAAACUCCAUGUGUUAAGAGGCUGGCUAAUCUCAGAAUGGUAGCCACGCUUGACUAAAAGUAGGUACGUAUAUGAAUCUCGAAUGAUGGAAGCAUCAAAAUAUUUCCAUAGGCCACAGCUGGCAAACUCUUAAGCUAAAUGUGAAUACUUAAUACAAUCAAAUACAACCCAAAUUCCUUUUUUUUUUAAUUGAGUUGUAUAAAACUUGUUUGCUUACGUCUUCUACUUUAAUCUAUGACAUACCUAGAAAGAAAAGAUGAUGACUGCGUGAAGUUGUAUAUAAAGAAGACAUUUCCUUUUUGCUAAUUUCAAAAGAAAUUUUCAUACAAGUAUGGUGCUUGAAACAGCAAUUGUAGAAGAUGAAGGUGGUUUGUGUUUGAGGUCCCUCUGAUACUGUGUGGAUUUUAAUACUAUCUCCAAAGAAAUUGAGUAUUUUUAAAUAUAUGUACUUGCUAGCAUACCCUUACACAUUUAUAUACAAAUGUACACUUUUCAGUUUCUUCUCAUCCUUCACAAAUUUACUUUUUAUUUUUAAAUUUUUCUCUACCUUUCGUGGUCUUUUGUUAAGAAAAUGAAAGUAUUUUUAAUUCAUAUACAAUGUUGUAUUAAUGCUGCAUAACAUCUACUAGAAUACCUUCUGCUAUCUCAUUUUGAAGGUCACAUUAACUGUAAACCAGCUCAAUACUGAACUUUCUUUUCAAUUUGGUUCUUAAAGUAUUAGCCAGCAGGAUAAUCUGUGAGCAAGUAAUGCUGCCUUGUUGAGGUUUAAUUUCAUAUUUCUUGACACAUAAGUUACAGUGUUACUUUCAGGAGGCAUUUAAUCGCUGUUUAAGGAUACUUGAAUGUUUGUAAACAAACAUGGUUCUAGGAAUGUUUUCACUGUCCUCAAUACUUGCUAGGUCAAGCAGUUUAAGGAUGUGAUGUACAGUGAUGUACAAUGAUGUACUGCUGCUUUAUUGACAUUUGGUAACUAUUAAGCAUAGCUGAAAUCUUAAAUUGCAUUCAAACACUGUCCAUGAAUAGAAAAUCUAAAUGUUAGCAUUUCUGUAAAGUGCAUAAAGAGCUAUUUUCUGUACAAAAUUAUUCUUAUACAAGAGAAACACAUUUGUAAAAGAAAUUAUUCCAUUUGUUUAAAUGUUUGCACAAUG